CCACGGAGGACUGAAUGACGAGUCGGCAUGGCAGGCGGACGGAGAGGACUUGUGGCCCCUCAAAACACUUUUCUAGAGAACAUUGUCAGACGGUCUAACGACACCAAUUUUGUCCUGGGAAAUGCCCAGAUUGUGGACUGGCCCAUCGUGUACAGCAAUGAUGGGUUCUGCAAGCUGUCCGGGUACCAUCGGGCAGAGGUCAUGCAGAAGAGCAGCACCUGCAGCUUUAUGUAUGGAGAGCUUACGGACAAAGAAACAAGCGAGAAAGUACGGCUAACCUUUGAAAACUAUGAGAUGAACUCAUUUGAAAUACUUAUGUACAAGAAGAACCGAACGCCAGUAUGGUUCUUUGUCAAAAUAGCUCCCAUUCGAAACGAACAGGACAAGGUGGUGUUGUUUCUCUGUACAUUCAGUGACAUCACAGCCUUUAAGCAGCCCAUUGAAGAUGAUUCAUCCAAAGGCUGGGGGAAGUUUGCCCGUUUGACCCGGGCUCUGACCAGUAGCCGAGGAGUACUGCAGCAGCUGCAGCCUACUGUUCACAAGGGCGAGAACGUCCACAAGCACUCCCGUCUGGCUGAGGUGCUGCAGCUGGGCUCAGACAUCCUCCCCCAGUACAAACAGGAGACGCCAAAGACGCCCCCCCACAUCAUCCUCCACUACUGCACCUUCAAGACCACCUGGGACUGGGUCAUCCUCAUCCUCACCUUCUACACGGCCAUCAUGGUGCCCUACAACGUGUCCUUCAAGACCAAGCAGAACAACGUGACCUGGCUGGUGGUGGACAGCAUUGUGGAUGUCAUCUUCCUGGUGGACAUCGUGCUCAACUUCCACACCACGUUCGUGGGCCCCGCCGGAGAGGUGAUCUCCGACCCCAAGCUCAUCCGCAUGAACUACCUGAAGACCUGGUUCGUCAUCGACCUACUGUCCUGCCUACCUUACGACGUCAUCAACGCCUUUGAGAACGUGGACGAGGGUAUCAGCAGUCUCUUCAGCUCUCUGAAGGUGGUCCGGUUGCUGCGUCUGGGCCGGGUGGCUCGGAAGCUGGACCACUACAUCGAGUACGGGGCGGCGGUGCUGGUCCUGCUGGUGUGCGUGUUCGGGCUGGCCGCUCACUGGCUGGCCUGCAUCUGGUACAGCAUCGGGGAAUACGAGGUGAUCGACGAGGACAGCAACUCCGUGCGCACGGACAGCUGGCUGUACACGCUGGGCGAGACCGUGGGCUCGCCGUACCGCUUCAACGUCAGCGGCUCGGAGAAGUGGGAGGGCGGCCCCAGCAAGGACUCGGUCUACAUCUCCUCUCUCUACUUCACCAUGACCAGCCUCACCAGCAUCGGGUUCGGCAACAUCGCGCCCACCACCGACGGAGAGAAGAUCUUCGCCGUGGCCAUGAUGAUGAUUGGCUCUCUCCUGUAUGCCACCAUCUUCGGUAAUGUCACCACCAUCUUCCAGCAGAUGUACGCCAACACCAACAGGUACCACGAGAUGCUCAACAGUGUGCGCGACUUCCUCAAGCUGUACCAGGUGCCCAAAGGCCUGAGCGAGAGGGUCAUGGACUACAUCGCCUCCACCUGGUCCAUGUCCCGGGGCAUUGAUACUGAAAAGGUCCUGCAGAUCUGUCCUAAGGACAUGCGGGCGGAUAUCUGUGUGCACCUGAACAGGAAGGUGUUCAAGGAGCACCCCGCCUUCAGGCUGGCCAGCGACGGCUGCCUCCGCGCGCUGGCCAUGGAGUUCCAGACCAUCCACUGCGCACCUGGCGACCUCAUUUACCACGCGGGCGAAAGCGUGGACAGCCUCUGCUUCGUGGUGUCGGGGUCCUUGGAGGUGAUCCAGGACGAUGAGGUGGUGGCCAUUUUGGGAAAGGGGGACGUGUUCGGAGACGUGUUCUGGAAGGAGGUGACCCUGGCCCAGGCCUGUGCCAACGUCCGGGCGCUGACCUACUGCGACCUCCACGUCAUCAAGCGAGACGCCCUGCAGAAGGUUCUGGAGUUCUACACCGCCUUCUCCAACCACUUCUCCCGCAACCUCCUGCUCACCUACAACCUGAGGAAGAGGAUUGUGUUCAGGAAGAUCAGCGAUGUGAAGCGCGAGGAGGAGGAGCGUCUGAGGAGGAAGAACGAGGCUCCGCUGAACCUGCCCCCCGACCACCCGGUGCGGCGGCUGUUCCAGCGCUUCCGGCAGCAGAAGGAGGCCCGCAUGGCGGCUGAGCGGCCUGAGCUGGACGCCCACGAGCCCGACGUGGAGAAGGGCGCGGCUCGAGUGAUGCAGACCGCCGCCCACAACGUCAUCGCCACCACCAGCAUCGUCACGGUUACCGAGAGCCCCGCCACGCCCAUCCCGUCCGUCUCGUCCGCAGCGGCUGCGUCCACCUCCGGGGGAGGGGGGGCCACCAACCGAGCCAAGCUCCAGGCCCCCGCCCCCACCGUCGGCCAGCCCGUCAGCAAGUCCGCCGAGCCCGCCAAGGGCAAGGGCUGGGGCCGCUUCAAGGACUCCAUGGGGAAGGUGGACAACUGGAGCAAAGUGUCCAAGGCCGAAUCCAUGGAGACGCUUCCGGAAAGAACUAAGGCCGCGGCGCAGGAGGAGACGUCCCUGAAGAAGACCGACUCCUGCGACAGCGGGAUCACCAAGAGCGACCUGAGGCUGGACAACGUGGGGGGCGAGGCCAGAACCCCGCAGGACCGCAGCCCCGUUCAGCCCGAGGCCCGGCACACCUUCUACCCCAUCCCCGAGCACUCGCUCCAGGCCUCCCUCUCCGAGCUCAAGCACGAGCUGAAGGACGAGAUCAAGGCCCUGGAGGGCCGCAUGGCCGGCCUGGAGAGCCAGCUGGACGAGGUGCUGAGGAUACUCAAGUCCAGGAGGGCCCCCAGCUCCCCGCAGCCCCUCUUCGAGAUCUCGCGCCCGGUCUCCCCCGAAUCCGACAAGGAGGACAUCUUCUCGUGA